AUGCCGCGCAACAGUGAAACCAAACAGAUCAAGUUUUCCGUGCGAACACAGAAGGAUAUCCCGGUGAAACGUAAGACACAGCCAUCGUGUUUCCGCUGUCGUCAAAGACAUAUCCGAUGUGAUGGGAAUGGGUCUCCGUGUUCCCAAUGUUCGUUGGCCAAGAAACAGUGCGAGUAUAUCGAGGGAGAACGCAAGGUGGUUGUUGCGGUGAGUUAUCUGAACAAGCUUCACCAGGAAAUCAGCAAGUUGACCAGUGAAAACACUGACGUUAAAACGUUGUUGGACCAGUGCUUGCAGAAACUUAAUGACUCUUCUGUUCCGCAAGAGUUAGCACAAGAUACGUCUUCGGAUUUGAUACAGGAUGAAGACGAUUUCGACGAUCUUUUGACCAAACCAAUCAGUCCGUUUCUGGAUAACCGUGGAAAUCUUGUGAGCUUCCAUUCAGCCAAUUAUACGGUGCACAAUCUGAUCGACACCGAGAUCCAUCGAACCUUUUCUAAUCAGGAGCCACUUUUGAAGACUCUUUUGACAAUUCCCAGUAUUCUGGUCCAACGAAACAAUAUGGACUUCUCGAUAAUCAUUGGACAGUCUUCUGUUCAGAUCUCUUUACCGGUAUACACCGAAGCUGUUCGUUUGAUCGACACAUUUGUUGCAUAUACCGAAGGAUGUUUCUAUUUCUUCAACGAAGGGAUUCUCCGAGAAGAUAUGAACAGAUUGUACGAGAAAACGCAAAAUCUGCCGAUUUUGGUGUUUUCUGAAACAGACAACCAUGCCAAGACGGCUCUUAUGGUUUGCAAACUCGAAAUAAUCUUCAAAACGGCCAAACUAUUCCAAGGAAACCAUUACACGUCGUCGUUCCCGCUGUUUGACGUUCUUUUCUCGUCCAAAAUACUGCAAAGUCUUGCCGACCGCGGAGGAGUUGAGACAAUGCUGUUGUAUGGCCACCAUCUUCAACAAACGGACCAUUUCAGUGCAAAUUCGAUCAUAUCACUCGCUGCACAUUGGUCGCUCAGUUUGGGAUACCAUUUCGAUCUGGGAGCAGACAAAAUCCAACGGGCCGAACUUGAACAUCGCAGGCGGCUGUUCUGGACAAUAUACAUUGUCGAGCGUAUGAUGGCUAUUUCGUAUGGCUAUCCGGUUCAUCUGGUUGACUCCGAAAUAUCAUGCGAUCUCCCCGAGUCUCUUCAAAUAUACUCUUGCAGACACUAUGUGUUUCCCGAGCCCGAGAUGUUACAGGAAACAGUAGCCAUCACCAAAAUCAACCUGCAAGUUCUGCGGAGCUUGUACAACAAACAGCCAGGAAAAAGCAUGUUGAACAUCGUGCGGGAAAUGGUUGUCCAGUUGCUGAGAUGGAAACGGUCGCUCCCUGACUCCAUCAACUGCGACUAUGGUUCUGGAGACGUGAACAACUCGCGAUCCACCGCCAAUAUGAUGAUUGAGUAUUUCCAGGGCCUCAAUUUGGCCGUCAGACCGUUGCUUUUGCAUUUUUCUAGGUUGCAACACGGACGGGAUUACAUGAAUCUGCAAGACUGUUCUACCAUUAUGCUUUCUCUUCUGAACGCUUCGUUCCAGGCGUCCAUGAAUACUGUGAGAUCGCUCUGGAAUCUUUGGGAAAAAGACCAGCUGAUGACAGGCACCCGUUCCGACAUGGAGUAUCUGUAUACUGCGAUUGCAACCCUGGUUCUUUUCAAUGUGAAUUUUGGAGUUCACGACACAACGCGGUUCCACAUCGACCAUGCUCUGCACAUAUUCCGAACACUAGCGGAACAAAAUAACCAGUUGGGCAGUUUCUUCCUGAACCAGACUCUGGAGCUGCUCCAACGACUCGACCAGGACGAACGCGAGCUUCUUGAAAGAUAUGGCAGCACGGAGACCGCUUCAACUGAAAAGGAGUCGCGCAAACAGCCAGACACGGCCGCAGAACAGGCCUCAUUAAAAGACAUGCUUUCCGACUUUGACAUUCUGGUUGCACUCUCAGGUCCCAACAGUGAGCUCUGGAACCAGGAAAUCGAGCUGCUCAAGUGA